AUGAAGGAACAGCAGUACAUCUUCCAAGUCGGGAUGGUGUACAGCCAGGAGGGGAACCUGCAGGAGAUGGAGUUACACUUCUGGGGAGGAGUGAUGCUAAGUAAAGCGAGAGAGGCGAAGUUACUCGACACUAAUGACAAGAAUGUCAAUGUUUCUGAGAAGUUGGACAAACCCAGCAAGGAAGUGAUCUUUUGGAACAGCCCUGAAAUCAAAGGAAGGGAAGAGAUGUGGAGUUGGGUGAGCAAUACUUCUACUCUAAAAGCUCACAUUAAGACCCCGCCACCAAUCCGAGAGCAGAAAAUCACCACCACACCAUCGUACUUCGGAGACUGGUACCCCACAGAUGUUACCUACCUUCGAUCACAAUGUCCUGUAACUGCAAGAGGUCGACUGGCAAAUGUAUCCGACUACAAAGGAAUCUUCUUGGGAACGGUACCUAUCCUACAAUGGAGUAAACAUGUAACGGAACAGGCAUAUCAGAGAUUGAAGAGAUACAAUGGGGCCCAUGGGUUGAGUGUGAUAAAUUAUGAAGACCUAAAGGACACACUGAGCUAUCUCAACACCUCUGCAAAUGCUGUCCUCUUUGAUGACUGGGAGCAAAGGCCAAACAAAACGUCGGUCUGCAUUCGCUGCGCUGUGGUCGGAAAUGGUGGCAUUCUGAACGGCUCUCGGAAGGGCAAGGAAAUUGAUGGACAUGACUACGUAUUCAGAGUGAAUGGAGCCAUUAUUAAAGGAUUUGAACAAGAUGUGGGAACUAGGACAUCAUUUUAUACAUUUUCCACAAAUACAUUGAAGAAUUCUUUAUAUGCAUAUCACCGUGUUGGAUACACUGCCUUGCCGAUUUCUGAGGAGACGAGAUACAUUUUUCUCCCAGAUCACGAUCGGGAUUAUUACCUGGCCAAAGCUGCGAUAACCAAAACUGCCAUAGUGAAGGGGCGAGACAAAUCCCAACGUCCGCCUAAUUAUUUUGGAGAAAAUGCAAGGCCCGAAAAGUUCAAGAUGUAUCAUCCAGACUUCAUCCGAUACCUACGAAACAGGUUUUUAAGGGCAAAGAUUUUGAGUUCCCGUCACCGAAACAUCUAUCGGCCAACCACUGGCGGAACGAUGCUGAUGGCUGCUAUCCAUUCCUGUGACGAGGUCUCUGCCUAUGGCUUUAUAACAGAAGAUUAUGCAAAGUAUUCGGAUCAUUAUUUUGACCGGACCUACCAUAAAGUGGCAUUCUAUUCAAAUCAUGACAUGAAAAUGGAAAUGCGAUUGUGGAAGAGGCUGAAUGAACUUGGAAUAAUUAAACUCUACACCAGAAAAAACAGUGAGAACGAGAUGAGAUGAUACCACCUGAAAUACAAUUGUUUUGAAGAAUAUAUUCACUUCUGGGAUUAAGUGCGUAUUGGUAUUGGAUUAUUACUGAACCUCAGUACAAGUGACAAUAAUAAACCAAUACCAAUACUCACUUCUGGGACUCUUUCAACACUUGGAAAUUGGAACUGAUUUGAUAUUGACUGGGUGCAGAUCUCUUUGUUGAUCAAGUUCUUUUUACGACAUACGAUCAAGGUGAUUUUAUUUUGUUGUAAAAAUUUUUCUUUGCUGCUAUCAGAAAGAGGGAAGGUGAGUGGUGAGGUGAGGUGCUGUGCAUCGUUGCAAGGGCCUUUAAAUUCUGGGGAAUCAAUCCUAUAUUGUGGACUACUGGUUGUGUAAACAGAAUGGGAAGAAUUAAGUUUACUUCUCUCCAUUUAUGUUUAUUUAGCUAUGUUUAGCAAUUUACUUUUAUUUUUUCCAGUCUUUGAAAGGCUUGCCUUUGUCUCUUUUAUUACUGUAACAGAAUUUUCUAAACUGACAUUUCUUUGAACAUCAUGCAUUGACUAGUGUACAUAAGUUAACAUCCAAUCUCUUGCUGGAUUCUAACUGUACUGGAGUUGAAAGUUAAGCAUGGUUACUAAGUUUGAGUUGCCUGUAUCCUUCAGCAAAGGACCUUGUUGUUUACUGGCAUCUUCCAAAGUAAGGUUAGUCCAGUAGUUGACAAGUGAGUGUCUGGGGAAUCCAUGACUGAUUUAAGGCACAAAGCAUAUCACAAAUCAGUUGGAAAUCUGAUGUUUAAACUGACUCUAAAUGUCUUCCCUGAACAAACCAAAGAAUAAAAGACCUGUGUAUGUAGCAUUCUCAACAAUAGUAAUAUUUAUUUAUUAGACAUAUGUACAUGGAAACACACAGUGAAAUGUCUUUUUCUGUUAACAACCAACAGUCUGAGAAUGUGCUGGGGGCAGCCUGCAAGUGUCGCCAUGCUUCUGACGCCAACAUAGCAUGCCCACAACUUCCUAACCCAUACGUCUUUGGAAUGUGGGAGAAAACCGGAGCAAACCCAUGCAGUCAUGGGGAGAACGUACAAGCUCUUUACAGACAGCGGCGGAAUUGAACCCAGGUCUCUGGCACUGUAAUAGUGUUACGCUAACUGCAAUUAGGAAGAGUGUCUGUACUUUGGAAAGCUGUAUUGUAGCUUGGAUACAAGCCAAUGUUUUACUGAUGGCCAAGAUAAAAAGGUGCAUUAAAUUAAGGAAUUUGAUACCUUAAAAAAUUGGAGCAGAAAAGCAACUAUUCAACUCAUCCAACCCGUUCUGUAAGUGACUCCAUUCCAAGGAACAGGGCUCAUUUUGUGCAGACUGCUAGCCCAACGUUGCUAGUGGGAGACCUGUAACAAAUGUAGAGCAAGGCCUCUGCUGUUAGUGUUGCACACCCACAAUAUUGGACAGGUUAAGAACAAGAGCGGGGACGGUUGAAGGCAGAGUGGCUUGCAUCGUCCGAUUCCUGGAGAUGGCUACCUGGUCACCCUGGCUGCUUGGGGUAACUCUUCAGCAUUCAUGGGCAGCCUUUCACUGUUAACUGUGGCCUGAUCCAAAUGAACAUCUCCAACUAGUUACUCCUCUGGAUUGUAUCAAUGCAAGUUAGACAUCAGUGCUUCUGUAUCUAAAUACUUUGUUAUCCAUCCAAUUUCAGGCAGGCAUCUUGGACACUCCAUUGAAUGUUCACAGUGGUAUGAAAUCACUACUGCCUCAUUUCACUUGGUAGGUGGAGGUGGGUUUGACCUUUCCCCUGUCCUGCUGGGAACUACUUAAAACCCAUCUGUAAUCCUUGCUGACUUCUUAAUAGUUUACAGUUAUUUACACUGUUGAAAUUUCUUGCUUGGGCUGGGGGUGUUCUAUGUUUUUCUUGUAUAGCAGUAUUUUGGGGUGUAAAUUUUAGAUUCAAAGAUGUUCUUGUGUAAUUGGUGCACAUUUACAUCAUAAUGGUACAUACAAGUAUGUAAAAAAUUUUAAGAGGCAUAGAUAGGAUCAAUGAACAAAACAUUGGAUCCCAUGUGCUGUAGCCUUCUGGAUCAGCCUACCAUCUUUAUCAAAUGUCUUCCUUAAGUCCAUAACUAAUGCACAGUGAUUUUUGAAUGUCUGAAAUAAAAACAGAAAGACUCAGCAAGUAUGGCAGCAUCCAUAGAAAGAUAAACAGAUUUAUUGUUAGGUCAACCUGUUUCCAGCAUAUUUUGCUUCUAUUUCAGUUUUCUAGCAUCUGUAGUUAUUUUGACACUGAAUAGCUUGCUUUGCUGAAGAUGUGCAGAGUGAGGUGAGUAAUUUGGUCCAAAACUGCUUUACUAAGUUGUGCAGACUGGUAGGAUUAAACCUACCUGAAACAACAGUCCAUGUAUUCCUACUAGGCUGCAUCUUUCACUGUUGGAGACACCGUCCUGUAGCUGUGGUCCACAUCUCAUCACCUGAAACGCUGGCAUUCUCAAAUUCAGUGUGACUUUGACAAGUAUUUGGAAGGAAAUGUCGACAACUUUUCAACAAGAAGGAUAUAAUUCACUACGUGUCCAAGGUUUUCCAAUUGGGAUUGUUAAGAUCAGGAGGCAAUUUUUGGAAUUUUUAACAAUGAAGAAAAAUAGACAGGUAUCUGAAUGCUGUAUGUGUCAGCAAGUCCAACACCCUUGAGAGAAGAAAUUUAUAUUUUACCAAAUGACCCUCUUUAAACAUUAUGCAUAGAUGAAGAUUAGCUAAACCAACUAUACAAUAAUGUAAAGAGCUGCAAAUAUCAUUUGUCACUAUGGAAGUCAUUCUGUAAAAUACAAAUGGACCAAAACUAUUCUGUGAAUAGCUUGUUAAAACAGUUUGGAAAUUCAAUGAAAAUGGAAGUUCUUAUUCAAUUUUUCCCUGAAAUUACAAAGCACAAAAUUGGUUUAGUGACUGCAAAUGGUUACCAUUUAAAAUGAAUCCACAUGAGGAAUGUUCCGGAUUGAUUUUUCCAAUGUAAAACAGGAACCAGCUGACUUUUUUUUCAAGAACUAUAGAGUUUAGCUGGAAUUGAACUGCAAGUAUUACUGUUAUUGGUGUACUCUGUGCUAAGUCUCUGCAGAAUCUUAUUGCAAAAAAUG